CUUUAGCUGUCUGCAGCAUUAUUAUCCGGCUUCUUCGGCCUCCAGGUCCAACAACCGACCCAAGGCCUCACCUCAGCGUCUGUAGGAUUCUCCCUCCUCCAUCGCUCCGACCAGCGACUGGUUGGUCUUUAUUUAGCUAGCGCGCCGUCGGAACUUCGGCGACCGGCGGCCGUUGCCAAUAAUGGCAGGCAGGGCAGGGGUCCCGAGAUGGAUCGAGCCCCUGAGGAGGUCCUGAAACUUGGCAUUUCGCCCCCCAAGAAUCUCCUCUUUGGCCGCGCUCCUCUCCAUCUCCCGACAUCCACCGUCGCUUUCACCCUCGAUAUUAUUUUUCCUUCUUCACUCCAUUCGCUGCAAAACUCGUUCUGUUUCGACUCUUAUUGGGCAUAUCGCCUGACACGCUCUUUACCCCAACUUGUGUGUGUUCCUUCCUCGUCCCCGCUCGCAGUCGGACCUUCCAAACCGCAUCAACUGCCCAGACAACCCAAGCUCCGCCAACACCCACCCACCCCUCCACCCCUCCUCCGCAUUUCUUGUACUCCAUUGAUAGUCAUCCGCCGGUACCAUGAGAGGCUUCACCGUUGCCGCCGCCGCGGCCACCCUCUUUGCCAGCGCGAGUGCUGCCAUUGACCCCAUCGUCAUCAAGGGGCAGAAGUUCUUCUACAAGACCAAUGGCACCCAGUUCUUCAUGAAGGGCAUCGCCUACCAACGAUAUCAACUCCAAUACUACCCAAACAGAGAACGUCAAGUACACCGAUCCGCUUGCUGACGCGUCCACCUGUAAGCGCGAC